AUGACCAUUCAAUUCGAACCUAUCCCUCAUCCCGCGUCACUCGGCGCGGGAAAGCGACGGCGAGAGUCUUUCAAUGACGAGGACCGCCGCCUGAAGGCGAAGUACUCGCAUGCUUCGCCAUAUAUGAAAUGUUUAGAUGUGGAAGACUGCUCAUGCAGUGAUGGUGCGGAUGACUGCUCAUGUGUUGUUGUCGCAAACCGUAUUGAUGUGAUGGCGCGCUCAGAUAAUAUGCGUUUUGUCCUACCGAGCUCGUCCAGCAGGCUGUGGACCCCUCUGGACGAGAGCGGGGUGGGAGGACUCAUGGAAUCGAUCUCCGGGGGCAGUACCCUCGCUCGCUGUAUCAACUGCGGGCGGACGAGAUGGAUCGCGGAGCAAGAUGCCUUGCGUAUCUUCAAUAACCAUGCGGGCAUGUUACCUGGUGGUCUUCCUCGUCGGGCGGUCGAGUUCGGUGCCGAUAUCGAUUUAGUCCCCGAGCAGGUGCCGUCGCCGUCUCUCGAAGCACAGCCUACCACUCCCCGUCCACCUUCUCCCAACCAGUGUCCCGAGCCUUCGUGCGCGCCGGUCGCAACCGCCGUCUGCGACGUGGAAAUGGUAGAGGAAGGGCUGUGCAUUGACUCCGGCUCGCUGCCUUCCCACACUACAGCUACAACCUCCGAGGUCUACGAUGUGGAUAUGGUGGCUACCGGGUCGGAUCAGUUGGAUCGCCUUGAGGAUAAUGUCCGGGCAUCAGAGCCUGAGAACCUCGGCGACUCGUACAUCUUCGUUCGAACUAGCUCUAUGUCGAGCCUCUUGUCCGCUUGCGGUAAAUUACGCAAAAUCGACCUCAUGCAAAUGGGUGCACUCCACCACCAUCGCUUAGCCCGCGAUUCGCGGGUCGAUGACAUGCGUGACCAGCUGAGGCGGAAGCACACGUGUCAGGCUACUUGCUCGACUAUAGUGUACGUUUUCAAGGGUCGCAUUUCGGAGCGCAAGGACGAGACGACUGGGAAGGUUAGCAGCAAGCAGGGCGGUGAAACGAAGAGCGCUGCUGUUCGUACAGGCUCGGGCUCGAGUCCUGUGGAGGAUAACCCCGCAUUCCCUGAGUUCUGCACGGCUUCGCGCAGGAAGGAGAUACUGCGCGAGUUUCAAGAAUUCAUGGCGGAAGACAACUUUCAAUACGGUGCCUGUGCCGUAUGUGGGCAGAAGAAAUUGCCUUCUGCCCUCGAGUGGAUGCCGAUCUCUGAAGUCCCGCUAGAGGUUCUGCAGAACGAAGAGAUACCCGAAGACCUGACUCCUAAGUCCUAUGAUUUUGAACUAUACCAGCGCGCCUACUUAUGUGCAACAGGUAUGCGUCAGCAGGAUGUACUAGAUGACAUCCGCGUGUGCUCAUCCUGUCGAGGGCCUUUGAGCCAUGGAACGCAGCCUCUCGAUGCGAUCGCGAACUUUCAAUACUACGCGUACGAGCGUCUCCCUCCGGCUGUCUCCAAGGCGUUCGCAGAGAGUACUUUGCAUGAACGUCAGCUGAUAGCGGGAUGUCGGGCAAGCAAAAUAACGUUCUUGUACACCGCUGGCGCCACUCCCGAUCGGAAAGUUCCACAAGGGUACGUGAAAGGCAAUGUCGCGAUUCUUCCUCAGGAAGUUGGGAAAGUCUCUCAGCUGAUCCCCCCUGCGCCCGAUGAUACUGACUACUCGAUCUGUGUCGUAUUCAUAGGCGGGGAGAAGCCUUCGCUGGAGACGAUAUCCAAACUCACUCCUGUAUUGGUGUCGCGUUCUCGUGUAGAGCUUCUAGCAAAGUUCCUUACGGAACGAAACAUGUAUUACACCGACUAUGGCCUACGGUUCAGUAAGGAGAACUUAGACGCAAUGUGCGCAUCCGAGCAGUUCACUGGGGAUUGUGGGGUGACCACCAGUGUUGAAAUCAUACAUUCGGCAACACCAAGCGGCGCUCACCGCGCGGUGAAUGCAGACUACACCAAAAGAGCAGAUGAGUUGAAGCCCGAACCUGGCAUACGAUUGGAGGAUCUUCUCAUAGAUGCUGUGGGAUUCUCAGACGAUACGCAGACUUGUACCACAAGUGAACCUGCUUUGACAGUUGCUCAGGAGUGGUGCAGACGACGACGGCCUUUCCUGGGAGUCGCGAGUGACACACGUCUGUUUCCAGAGCGAGAUCCUCGUAUGCUAACAUACGUGUUUCCCCAUCUGGACCCAUGGGGUAUUGGGGGGUUCAAUAAUCCUCGUAGAUCCGCCAAGCAGCGGAUAUCGUUAUCUCGCCAAGUGAAGAAUCUGCUGAAUCAAUACGACUCUCCGUUUGCUCGAGACCCGAACUUCGCGUACAUCUGCUGGAACAUAGUGCAGAAGAUGGAGAACUCAAGGGCGACGCAGUUCAGUAUCAAGAGCGAUCUCUAUAAGGAGCUGGUAGAGGAAGUGGUACGAUCCGCAGACGCCCUCGAAGACAUGGCGCAAAAAUGGUUGAAGAACCCGUUUGCUCAGGCCAGUGAUCCGCACGAGCGUAAGUUGCUUUCCAUGCUAAACAAACUGAAAGCCAUAUUGCAUGACCUUCCGGGCUCGAAUGCUUCUAAGCUCAAGAUGCGGAACGAAGUUCGAGGACUGAUGAAGACCCAUGGCACGCCGGCAUUGUUCGUUACCUUUGCACCAUCAGAUAUCCAUUCAAGCCUGUUAUAUCUACUUGGAGGUGGAGAUCCAAAGGUUUGGGCGAGUCUCGAUCCAUAUGAGCGCGGUCGGUUCGUGGCUAAGAAUCCUGAAGCUGCAGCGAGAUUCUUCGACAUCAUGGUCAAAGGGUUUCUUGAGAAGAUUGUCAGGUUCGGUGAUCCUCGUCCGGGUUUGUUUGGCCGCUGUACGGCUUAUUAUGGGACUGUCGAAGCUCAAGGGAGAGGAACUCUGCAUCUUCACAUGGUAUUGUGGCUCGAGGGCAACCCCAACCCACAAAGAUUGAGGGAUCGAAUGAAUUCGAAUGAUCAGUUCCGGACGCGCAUGUUCAAGUGGUUGGAAGAUAUCAUACGAUGUGAGCUCCCUGACGACGAAAGGGUUUUCAAAGGAGACGCGGAGAAGUUGAAAAAGCCUCAGACGGAAAGCGCGGGUGACCCUCGCAUAUGGCCGGUCCCCUUGUUGAGGGAGUUUGAAGAUAGCGCAGAGUCCGAAGCUAUCUUCGAAUCUAAUUUCACAGAUGCUGUACGAUCUCUUGCAGUAUCUUGCAACUGGCAUGAACACACGGAGACCUGUUGGAAGCAUCUUAAGCCGAAGCAACCGCGGGAUAGCGCUCAUUGUCGGAUGCGGCACACUGGAGCCGUUCGGGAGGCCACCGCACUGGACCCGGAGACUGAGUCAAUCAUGCUGCGUAGGUUGCAUCCCUGGAUUAAUAACUACAACGAUGUCAUGCUGUACUUACUGAGAUGUAACAUGGACAUCAAGUAUGUCGGAUCUGGGGAGGCCGCAAAGGCGUUGAGUUACUACAUCACCGACUACAUCACGAAGCCAUCUCUUCCGACACAUGCCGCCCUAGCCGCCGUUUGUACUGCAAUUCACAAGACGCGGAAGCAGGUGGGCGAGAUUGAUGACCGGCAACGUUUCCGCCGAAGCCUAUUGACCAAGAUCAUCAAUGGCAUCAUGGGUAAGAUCGAGCUAUCUUACGCACAAGUCAUGAGUUACCUCGUUGGUGGGGGUGAUCAUUAUUCGAGCCAUACUUUCAGGAACCUGAACUGGGGGAUGUUAGACAGGUUUGUGCGGCUGGAAGAACAGGAGAGGGGUCUGUUUCCCAAGGAGGCGCGUGAACCGGUGGAAGAUGAUGUCGGAGAUAUCGUUGAUACGCUUGAGCGUGCGGAAGAAGCGGAGGACCGACAGUUAUCAAAAAGAGUAGCAUCGGAACUUGAGACUACGAAGGCGGGCGAAGACACCGUAGAAGAUGAUGGCGAAGAGCUCUUGGGAGAUGGCGGAGACGAGCCCAGGAUGAGCACUCACGAACGCGGCGAAGUGAUGAACAAGUUGCUGUCGCAACUAGACGAAGACGAGCGUCCGAAUGUGACGGUGAAGAUAGAUCAGAAAGGCAUGACAGCAAGCAAUCUCCUCUUGGAUUAUCGUCUGAGAGGAGGAUCAAAAGAGUUUGAGCAACUGUCAGUGUGGGAGUACGUAUCCUCCGUCGAGUGUAUAACGAUGGAGUCGGAGAAAGAAAGGCUGAAGAAGUUGGAUGCUCAUGAGGAAGCAGGUAAACAGAAGCGCAGGGGUCGGAAACCCGCGAAGCGCGACAAGUUCUUGCAAGACCAUCCACGGUCCAAGACGCACGUGUGUCGUCUCCGCAUUGUUCCCUUAACGCCCGUCGUGUUGGGUCCGACAUUGCCUCGGAAGGGUAGAUCGCCAGCUGAGGAUGAGCGGUGGUAUCGUGCGAUGGUGGUCUUAUUCAAGCCUUGGCGCACAUUCGAAGAUAUGCGGGGCGGUAGCGCGACUUGGAGAGAGGCUUAUGAGAGAUGUAACUUCAGUCUCGAACAGCGGAUCAUCAUGGGAAACAUUGAUGUUGAGAGCGAGUGCAAGGACGCAAAGCAGAGGUAUGAGAUCGCUCGCAGGGCCGGAGAUGUGGAGCCUCUUCUCGCAGGUUCGGAUGGUGUUAUCAAGAACGAAUGUGGAACGGACCUCGAGCUCUUGUCAGCACUAGCCGAUGAUACGAAUACAAAUGUGUACUGCUUGCCGGCAUCAGAUUCUUCUCUCGAAGGUGUAGAACAAGACGAACCGAUUGCUCUACUGAACGGAACUCAGUUGCGCAUCCAAGAUUGUAUACGGAACCUCGAGCGCGCCGGUAUAGCACUCUCGGAUGCAGAUAUCGGCGCUAACGUUGACAGCACUGUAACACCGAACAGCGGGUCUUCCACGUUCAGUGUGCCUUCGCCAGAUCUUGCUAUGAAACAUGAGAAGAUCAUGGCGGCCCUGAAGAAGAAUAAAAGACCGAAUGAUACUGAGACUUCAAGCCGGCUUCCCAUCGCGGGCACUAGCGAGGAAUUCGUGUAUCCUACGCGUCGAGCUAAAACGUCGAAGAUGUAUGCAUUCAACGAGAGGUAUACUUAUGCGUCUAAAGAGGAGCUGCGAGCAUUGCCUCUUACUUCGCCCGUGCGCAGGUGGAGCAUCCUCGAAGAAGUUCUUGAAGACGCAGAGAUAGUUGGUGUCGAAGGACGGGAGGAUAACAAAGAGCAGGAAGCGGCAGUGCGGAUGAUUUGUGGCACUGGGAAAAGUCAUGUUAUCAAUACUGUCCGCGAGUUCUUCAGGCGAUGCGAACUCACGAGCAAGAUACGGCUGAGUGCCCCGACUGGAGCUGCAGCCAUCUUGAUAGGCGGCCAUACGAUUCAUGCACUGACUUUCUUGCCACAGGGCAGGGGAACGGGGUUCAAACGAGCACAAGAAUUGCGGGAACUGUGGAGAGGAGUACGAUACCUGAUCAUUGAUGAAGUGUCGAUGCUCUCUGCGGGUUUCCUCGCCCAAGUGUCGCAGCGACUGGGACAGGCUCUCGGCAGGAAGGAUCUGCCCUUUGGCGGCUUGAAUAUCAUCUUCACGGGUGAUUUCGGUCAACUACCGCCUGUGAAGGUCAGGUCGUUGUAUCACCAUAGCCUGGUCGAGACCAUCGAGAAGAAUCAGGGUCAGACCGAGCAGGGCCAAACUGAAUUGUAUGGGGCGUAUCUUUGGCGGCAAGUAAGAGAUGUAGUCUGUCUGAAGACAAACAUGAGGUCGGCGUCUGAUCCAGCUUACGCGAAUCUCAUUGGCCGCAUUCGCGUUGGUAAGCCGAACAAGGUGGUGACGCGGAAUGCCGCCGGAAUCCUGAGGAGGCUUUGGCGUUCAAGUAUGCUCCUGUGA